GCCUGCCAGACUGAGCGAGCUUGUAGCUGGAGGCGGCCAGGAGGGAGCGGGCUGGAGCUCCAGCGGAGGAGCGUUCAUUGUUGACCAUAUAUAGUCAUAGGCACAGGGAGACAUCGCAGCUGUGAGCUCGGCUUUGGCUUCCGGGUUUGAAUUGCGGGGCGGCUGAUAGAGAGCUGGCAGUACUGACACUGUGCGGACCGGGCUCAGCACGCAGGAAAGAUGCCUUACGAAAGCAAAAGUGUGUUUGCCAGCCUUCCUCAGAUGGAAAGAGGAGUGGCAAAAGUUCUGGGCGGGGACCCGAAGGGCAAGAACUUUCUGUACACGAAUGGGAAAUGUGUUAUCAUCCGGAAUAUUGAGAACCCAGCUAUUGCCGAUGUCUACACUGAACAUGCUCAUCAAGUUGUUGUUGCCAAAUACGCUCCCAGUGGAUUCUACAUCGCAUCUGGAGAUGUUACUGGUAAAAUAAGAAUUUGGGACACCACGCAGAAGGAGCACCUGCUGAAAUAUGAAUACCAGCCUUUUUCUGGAAUUGUUAAAGACAUGGCCUGGACGGAAGACAGCAAGAGACUAUCAGCGGUCGGGGAAGGACGAGACAUGUUUGGUGCAGUGUUUCUUUGGGAUACUGGCUCCUCUGUUGGAGAAAUUACAGGACACAACAAAGUGAUCAACUCUGUGGACAUCAAGCAGACCCGGCCCUAUCGGCUUGUGACUGGCAGCGACGACAACUGCACCGCUUUCUUCGAGGGACCACCUUUCAAAUUCUAAUUUACAGUUGGUGACCAUAGUCGUUUUGUAAACUGCGUGCGGUUUUCACCUAAUGGGAACACAUUUGCAACUGCAAGUGCGGAUGGUCAGAUCUUUUUAUACGAUGGCAAAACUGGUGAGAAAGUGGGCCAGCUUGGAGCAGGAAAAGCCCAUGAUGGAGGAGUUUAUGCAAUUAGCUGGAAUGCUGACGGCACUCAACUUCUGUCUGCGUCUGGGGACAAAACUGCAAAAAUCUGGGAUGUUGCGGCUAACUCAGCAGUCACCACAUUCUCUCUCGGCACAGAUACGCUGGAUCAGCAGCUGGGAUGCUUGUGGCAGGGGAAUUACUUGCUGAGUGUUUCUUUGUCUGGCUAUAUCAAUUAUCUGGACAAAAAUAAUCCAAGCAGACCUUUACGUGUGGUCAAGGGGCACAGCAAGUCUAUCCAGUGCAUGACUGUCCACAACCUUGAUGGUCGAGCCACAAUUUAUUCUGGCAGCCAUGAUGGACAUAUCAAUUAUUUCGAUGCUGCGUCAGGCGAGAAUGACACCUUCUCUGGAAAGGGCCACACAAACCAGGUGUCCAGCAUGGCCGUGAACAGCUCCAACCAACUUGUCACUUGCAGCAUGGACGACACUGUGCGUUACACUGACAUCAUCAAAAAGGCCUACAGUCCUCAGGAUGCCGUAAAGUUGGAUGUCCAACCAAAGGACGUUGCGGUGGGAUCUAAUGGAUACGCUGUAUUAGUCAGCAGUAGCCAGAUUGUCCUCCUGAAAGACAAGAAGAAAGUUUUUGUUGUUGACUCUCUGGAUUAUGAGCCGGAGUCGGUUGCUGUCCACAAAGGCUCUGGAACAGCUGCUGUUGGUGGAGUGGAUGGCGACAUCCACUUGUAUUCCAUUCAAGGGAACACUCUGAAGGAUGAGGGGAAGUCUCUGUCAGUUAAGGCUGUGGUAACCAGUCUUGCCUAUUCCAAUGAUGGUGCCUUCCUUGCUGCUACUGACGCCAACCGUGUGGUCACUGUUUUCAGCGUUGCUGAUGGAUAUGCAGAGAAGGACAAGUUCUAUGGACACCAUGCCAAAGUAGUGUGUGUUGCUUGGUCACCGGACAAUGAACAUUUUGCCACUGGAGGAAUGGAUAUGAUGGUCUUUGUUUGGACUCUGAGUGAUGCAGAUAAACGUAUUAAGAUGCCAGAUACCCAUCGGCUGCAUCACGUGACUGGAUUGGCCUGGUUGGAUGAGCACACGUUGGCCACUGUUUCCCAUGAUGCUUGUGUCAAACAAUGGACUGUCACUUACAAAUGAGCACAGAGCAUGGGCCAGCACAGGGAUAGCUAGGACUACUGCAAUUGGAGAUUCUAUAAGAAAAAUAUAUAUUUCUGUUAUAUGCUUUUGUGGUUUGCCACAUUCUCAUUCUUCAAAAAAAGAAAAAAAAAAAAGG